AUGGGUACGGAGGUAUUGCGUCCACAAGAUUAUCUGAUUGAAAGAAUCAGAAUAGCUCCGGCGGUGUUACAUAAUCGCCGGAAAAAUGAAAAACACAAAACAAACAACCAAAGCGGUUACCGCAAACCGGUGGUCCGGCAGGAGAAGAUGACGGACCAGAAAAAGCGGUUUAACUAUUCACCGGAGCCGAUGAUUUCAAAGAGAUCGUCAAGCGCUGAUGGUUUCAACCUCAACAACAACAAUAACAACCCAGUGAUGGGGAAGGUAACGAUUUUGAGAAGAGGACAGUCGUUGGAUUCGUUCGACUCGAAGAUAAAGAGCGAGAAAAUGACGCCGUUGAAGAAGAGUGGAGACGAUUUGGCCGUGUAUGGUACAGGAAGGUUGGGUCCGGAUCCGGGAAUGGUUCCGAAACAAAUCAGGCUAUCUCCGGUGGCCGGAAAUGGCUUGUCCGGCGGCGUGUAUGCCGGAUCGGCGUUCUCGAUGUCUCCAUCGCCUCGGUCUUUGCCUUUGCCUUCUUUUUUCUACAAGAAACAAGCUGUUGAAGAUUCAGCUACAAGGGAUCUCAGGCGUUUGCUUCGUCUUGAAUGA